UAAGCUGCUCAUCUUAAUCCCAUUCCAAGUGGCUACCCUGGGCAGAGUCCAUUUGCUUCUUUUAUCUGGAGAAGUGGUUGAGCAUGGGAGCAUACGAUGGUGGGGAAAGCUGCAAGAAAAGGAGAGAUGUAAAGAUUUAGGAAGGAAGGUGGGGGCCAUUCCCCUGUGCAGACAGUGAGCAGAAGAGUUCUUUCAUUUGCAGGGCUGGGAAAAGUAAAGAAGGGAAAUUUCUCUGCCUGGCUUUUGAUCUCAGCUGUGAGUGCUCAAGGGAGGCCUGACCUGGGAUGGAUUACUGACUUGAGCAAAGCUAUGUACCUGGAUUACCUUUGCUGUGUUACCAUUAAGCAACAGGGAUGACUCAGAUACCUGCUGACUACCUGUCAACCACCAGCUCCUACAACUAUGAGCAGCCCCUUACUUCUGUGGCUCAGACAAGCACUGUCACCAAGGUACUCCCAGCCAAAAAAAUAACCUUCUUCAAGAGUGGAGAUCCUCAGUUUGCAGGAGUCAAGAUGGCCAUCAACCAGCGAAGUUUCAAGAGCUUCAGUGCACUCAUGGAUGACCUCUCUCAUCGGGUCCCACUGCCAUUUGGGGUACGGACCAUUACCACCCCACGAGGAAUACAUUGCAUCAGUGAGCUGGACCAACUAGAGGAUGGAGGAUGUUAUCUUUGCUCCGACAAGAAAUAUGUCAAGCCUAUUAGCAUUCCUUCUGGGGGACACAGGCCAGGCCCUCCACGAAACGGCCGUCCCUCCAGUACCUUAAGAAGAACAGCUCAGGAGGGCAAGCUUGAAGAUUAUUCCACACCUUUCACUCAGCAUGGCCCCAGAAUACCAAAGAAGUUCACACUAGUUAAGAAUGGAGAAAGUGGUUUUCGUCGUUCAAUCAUCUUGAACCGCAGAAAUGCCAGGAGUUUCAAAACACUCCUGGAUGAGAUUUCUGAGAUCCUGCAGUUCCCAGUGAAGAAGCUCUACACUGUUGAUGGGAAGAAGAUCGACAGCAUGCAGGCUCUGCUUCACUGCCCCAAUGUGCUGGUGUGUGUUGGUCGGGAGCCAUUUAAACCCGUACUGGUGGAGAAUUUGAGGAAACACUCAGUGGAGAAGCUGCCUAACCUGGCUCCCCAUUCCAAUGGCAACAAUGUCAAAGAAAACAAUGAAGUGGACUUUGGACUGAAAGCCAAAAAAAGUGUUAUCCAUCCACGAACAGCAUCAAGCAAUAGGUCGAUGAGAUUUUCUUUAUCAUCAGAAAAAUCAUAUCCUAACGGUCUUGCUGCCUCACCAGAUAAUGGUGUACCUUUCUCAAACAGUUGCUUGCAUUCAAAACCUGGGGACCUGGUCCAUUCCUUGGUCAAUGAUGACAUAGAAAAGCGGGUACAUGUGAACAAGGAUGGCAGCUUGUCUGUUGAGAUGAAAGUCCGCUUCCGUUUGCUAAAUGAUGAGACUUUGCAGUGGUCCACCCAGAUCAAAAAAUCCAAUCUGAUGAACCAGAUGCCUUGUGAAGAGUCAGGUGUAGGGGAGGACAAUGGAGUACACCCCAUAGAGAAAAUGAACCCAGAAGCCAGCUCAGAGGCAGAUGAGUCAUUAUAUCCCUGUGAUAUUGAUUCUUACAUGUCGAAACUUGAGGAAUCGGAAUGUGAUGAGGCUCAUUGUCAUAGCUGUGGAAAGAAACACCAGGACUAUGACAUUUGGAAAAACCCCAUGCACACAUCCCAGAGGGGAGAGCCCAGUGUACGAACCACCUGGCACACACGGUCAUCAUGCUCCAGCACAUCUUCCCGAAGGAGAGUAGUCCACAAAAAAAUGGCUUCUGUGGAUAGCCUCCGCACCACAUCCAGUGAGGAAUUCUCUGAGCACAUUGUGCAAGAGUCCUCAUCCUACUCAGAGACUAUAGAGAACCGAGUAGCAUAUCGAUCCAUUAAAAAGUGCACGUGUCGAAGUGAUUUGUCAACAGGUGCUUCCAAUGGAGAAGACCAGCAAGAAUACACUCAAACAAGCACAAGCAAUAGUCAGAGACCUUCAUCCUUGGGUUUAAUGUCACAUUCAAGCUGUGAAAACAACCUGGAUACUCAAGAAACCCCUGAAGACCAUGAGGCCAGCAAAACCAAUUCACAAAAUGAAGAUGAAACUUGUUUUGAAGUCUCCUCUGUGAAGUGCUUAAAGGAUGAUGGGGAAGAGGUUGAAAGCAGCAGAGUUGGGAGUGCCAUGUCAAGGUCAUCUCUGCAGUCCAGAAAGAGCAAGAAGAAUGUAUGUGAGGAAACAAGUAGUGUGGAUAGGAGCACGUUCUCCUCAAGCCUUCAGAGGGCAAAUCAAGACAGUAACACUAGGUCUUCCACUCCUGCCAAUAGUGUGCACAGCAAGUCUAGUAACUGUACUGCACCAAGAGCAAAGAGUGAACAGGAUGACCAUUCUGAUGACAAUGCAGUGAUCUCCUCCUUCUCCAGUGAGUCCAACCCGAAGAAAGAGGCUGAAGAGGUUGAAGCAGAGGAAGAAGAAAAUGAAAUCAAUGAAGUCAGCUCAGUGUCAGCAAAAUCAAAGCCCAGUCAAUUGAUUAGAGAUGAAAGCAGUGAAGGGAAGCCAAAGAGCAAAAAAAUUCGUUCAACCAUGUUCAAGAAUUCCUCCAUUAGCAGCAUAGGUACUGCUUCAGUGAUGACCCCACGAAAAGAGCGAAAAGAAAUUGUUGAUUCCUCCAAAGCAACUUCCUAUGGGUCUAAAUCAGCUGCAGCUGAAAUAGAUGAUGAGAAGAGUAAAGAGAUUGAUGGUUCUUGCAAUAAAAAAGUGGAGGAAGAGUUAGAAGGCAUGGACAUGCAGGAGGAAGGGAGUGAAUUAGUGCCAUCUACUCUACCAAAUACAUCUCCAGAAGAGGUUGUGCAAGAAUGGCUGAGUAAAAUCCCUUCAGAAACAUUGCUUAUGAAAUAUGAAAUGGAGGAUAAUGUAGAAGAGGAAUGUAUGGAGGCAACCACUGAGGUAUCAUACUGUACAAAUGCUGAGGAAAUCUCAGAGGAUGAAAAAGCUGAGAAAAAGGAGGAGGCUGAAAAUGAGGAAAAGGAUGAAGUAGGAAAAGAGGCAGCAGAAGGUACAGCUAUUAAUGAAGAGGCUGAAGAAUGCGUGAAUCAGGAACAAAUUUCUGAGGUUGUGUCCGAAGCUGACGAAGCUGACAAAGCUGACCAGGCAGAAUGCAGCCAGUCAGCUACAUCCCAACGAAAUAGCAACAGAAGAGACCUGCCAACCACUGUCCAGACUUCAGUCCAGAUCAUGAAGGCCUUGCUUAGUUCAAAACAUGAAACAAAAUUUGACCGAUCGAACAGUUUGCCUGAAGUGUCCCCUACUAUGGGGAGGAAACUGAGUAACUCUGCCAGUAUCCUGAUUACUUGUCUUGCCAGUCUCCAGCUCCUUGACGAAGAGUCAGAAGGUCCAUCAGAUAAAUCAAAAUGUUUGAAUAAGCCAAGGUACAUGGAGCUGCUAAAUGUUUUUCAAGCCCUGUGGUUUGGGUGCAUACCUGAAAAAAGUGGCCCAUGUUCAGAUCAAGAAGCGUGUGAACAGGCAAAGACAGCCUCAGCGUUUAAAGCCCCCAGGUCUGUAGAUUAUGAUUUCACUCCCAUGUCCUCUUCUGGGGUUGAUGUUAACAGUGGUUCUUGUGGCUCAGUGGAAGAGAAUACAGCUGGUGCCAGAGACUGCACUUUGGCAGCACAGAAAACUGCUGAAUUCAAAUCAUCUGGACAAGUGGAAAAUGUAGAGACUGGCACUGAACUGACUGAGGCUGAGGAGCAAAGUAAAAAGGAAGAGCAGUCAUCCCGACCUUCAACAGCCUGCUCAAAAUCAAAGGCUGAGGAAAAAGCACAGUCUACUAGAGAGAACUCUCUAAUUCAAGAGGCAGAAGAGAAUAAAGAGGACCAGUGCAGUAACUGUGAACAUGGUCAGGAGGAAGAGGGAGAAAAUGAAGACAAAGAAAACCGCAAAUUAACUGAAAAUGGAGAACAAGAAGAAUCUGAAGUUGUGAACAAUGAACUCCCAAAAGAAAAUCUUGAAGAAGAAGCUGAUCAGCUAGCCGCUACUGACAAUACAAAUGUCAAUGAUGCUGACUGUGGAACAGAGCUGAAAGACUAUUUGGAAGAACAGCUUGAAAAAGAGUCUCCAAAUGACCCAGAACCCAAAGUUGAUACAGCCACCAGUGUGGGCACAUCCUUUGUUCAGCAAAACUCAAUAGAUCCAGACCCAGUUUGGGUCCUGAAACUACUCAAGAAAAUUGAGAAGGAGUUCAUGGCUCACUAUGUCAGUGCCAUGAAUGAAUUCAAAGUCAGGUGGAACCUGCAGGACAACCAACAAAUGGAUGAAAUGAUAUUGGAACUGAAGGAGGAAGUGAGUAAAAGGAUUCAAAAAAGCAUAGAGAAGGAGCUGAGAAAGAUCAAAAACAGAGCAGGGAAGAAGCUGCCAAGACCUCCGGAUGAACCUCUCAGACGAGAGUCAACACUCCAAACUGAGCAGAGGAGACUGCGAUUGCAAACUAUGCAUAAAAAGUCACACUUCAGUGACAAGGAUGGAAACCAGACUAGGCUAGAAGACACAUCAGACUUAUCUUUUGAUGUAGAUAACGAUACAUCAUUUAGUGAAGCUUUUGAGGCCAGUAUUAGUAAACAAACAAGUGAGGAGGAAUACUGCCCAUGUGACUCUUGUGUGAGGAAACAAAUGGCUUCCAAACCCACAAGAAAUCCAGUGGUGGCCACCAAUGCCCCAGUCAUGAAAGCAUUUGAUUUACAGCAAAUCCUGAGGUUAAAGAAAAAUUAUAAUGAGGAAGCCUGUGUCUCAGAAGCAGCCCAAGACAACAAAACAACUCCCAGUAGUUCUGUGGAAGAAGCAACAGAGAAUGGCAAUCCAAAUGAGAAUGACGAAGGUGAAACGGAAGUAGAGGGCAAUGAAGAAAAGGAGCCAGAAUUAAAUGAAAUGGGCAGCUCAAUGUUGAAUGGAGGUGAAGGAUCUGAAAUAUCAGAAAAUCAAAACUGUGAGGUGGAGAAUGAAGUUAAAGAUGAAGAAACCAAUGAAGAAGAAAAGAAAGAAGCAGAAGUGGAGGAAGCAAAAGAGGAGGAAGAGGAAGAAGCAAAUGAGGAGGGAGAAGAAGGGAAGGAGGAAGAGGAAGAAAUAAAAGAAGAAGAAGACAUGGAGGAGGAAGAAGCAAAAGAAGAAGAGGAAGACAUGAAGGAGGAGGAAGAGGAAGAAGAAACUGAAGCUGAAGCUGACAAUGAUGCUGAAGAAGAAGAGGAUGAGGACAUUGGGGCUGAUAAUGAGAAAGAGACAUCUGAAUGCAGAGGAGAUGCUGACGGCUCUGGAACUGUCAACAGUCCUGAAGGAGAUGCUGCGGAAGGAAGUGAAGCUGAGCAGCAUGAAGCUGAAGCAGAGGAAGAUGCAAAUCCAGAAUCAGAUGAGAUGUGUUCAGAUAAGGAGAAAAACAACAGUGAAGGAGAUGACAAAUGUGAUGAGAAUUUUGAGAAACCUACUAGUGAUGACCCUGACAAGGCACAUGAAAAGCAUGAAUUGAAACGGGUGAAAGGAAACUUCUCACAGAAAUCUCAGAAGGGGUCUGAAGAUGAAGAAGAAUGCAAAGAUGACAAUAACUCCAUGAGCAAUCUUCCUAAUGGAGAAGUGCACAGUGAUGAGAGCAGCAAACCCUCACAGAUGUAUCCUGACAGCGAGGAAGAAGAGGACAAAGCAUCUUCAUGCACUGAUCCUUUGGAAGAUGAGGACCAGGUAGACGUUGAAGGGACAGAUCCAAAGGAGGUUGAACAUACUGAAAAUGUUCAGGCUUCUAAAAAGAAAGAAGACUCUAAUGAGAUUGGCCAGGAUGACCUGGACUUCUAG